UACCAGUCUGACACUGAGCCCCCGCCACGAUCCGCGCUCUCAGCAGCGGCUGCGAGAGGGGCAGCACGGGCUGCUGUGGCAGGACCAUGGGGAGGGGAUGCUCAUCUUGAUGGGCUGCAUUCCUCCACACAAAGGUGCUCCGAUUUGUCCCAUUAGUGCCGUCAUUAAAAUCCAGUUAGUCCCCUACGGAGAGCCAAUGCAGCCCAGCCAAGACGCUGGCAAGGAGCUGGUGGCCAACACCCCCGUUUCCCCUAUAGCCCUGGGAGUGCCUGGUGAGCCGUCCUCCUUCCCGCUUGUGUACUGGGGCUAAUUGAUGCAGGGGGCCCGGGAGCCGGGCUUCUCACCUUGUUAGCAUGGCAAUUAGCUCUCUUUACCCUCCUGAUUGCUCCUGUGCAUAUUUCACUUCAGUCCAGCUUUCCAGUGAGUUAUAAAUGCAGCACCGGGGAGGCCGGCGGAGUUGCGAAGGGACAGGGCACAGAGCCAUGCUGGGGACUGUCCUGCUGCUGCUGGCCCUGGCCAAGACGGCAUGCCCGAGCCCAGCCAGCGUGGCGAGCCGGCGGGCUGAGGCGCUGAAAAAACUCCUGGAAGUCUUUGGCAUGGAAGACCCUCCGGCCCCCCCAACUCACUUCAAGCAGCCACCCCAGUACAUGGUGGAUUUAUUCAACACUGUUGCCAAUGCAGACGGUGUCACCAAGAACCCUGACAUCCUGGAAGGCAACACUGUCCGCAGCUUCCUGGAUAAAACUCACAGCGAGGAGAUGCGGUUCCUGUUUGUCCUCUCCAGCGUGGCCAAGAAUGAGAAGAUCCUGACGGCAGAGCUGCACCUCUUCCGCCUCUGGCCGAGGGUCACGGACGGGCCCAAAAGGCACCACUUCUGCCAGGUCAGUGUGUACCAGGUGCUGGAGAAAGACAAGCCAGACACCCCCGAAGGGAAGAAGCUGCUGGCAGCACGGCUUGUCUCACUGCAAACCUCGGGCUGGGAAGUCUUUGCCAUCACACCAGCUGUUCGCGACUGGACCGAAGAUGAAAGCAGCAACCAGGGUUUGCUGGUGACAGUCCAGGGCCUGGGGGGGAGCCCGCUUGACCCCCCACCCCUGCAGUUUGCAUCUGGCCGGGGCCACCACGAGAGCAAGAAGCCCAUGCUGGUCCUUUUCACAGACGAUGGGCGCCGUGGAGCAUCGCUGCCCACAGCUGGCUUCCCAGAUUUAAAGCCUCAGGCUCCUGAUCUCCCUGCCAAGAUGCCGGUGCCCAAGCUGGGCAGGUCACGCAGUACACGCUCGCUGGACCGGUUUCAGCCCUGCCAGAGGCAUCCCUUGUCUGUGGACUUCGAGGAGAUUGGCUGGUCUGGCUGGAUCAUCUCACCACGGGGGUACAACGCCUUCCACUGCAAAGGCUCCUGCCCCUUCCCUCUGGGCGAGAACAUGCGUCCGACGAACCACGCCACGGUGCAGUCCAUCAUCAAUGCCCUGAAGCUGAGCGAGGGUGUCAGCAGCCCCUGCUGUGUGCCCGACAAGCUCUACUCCAUCAACCUCCUCUACUUCGAUGACGACGAGAAUGUGGUCCUCAAGCAGUAUGAUGACAUGGUGGCCGCGAGCUGCGGCUGCCACUGAGGCAGGAGUUGCAGGGGGCUGGAAACACCACUGCAGUAGAGGCUGCACCCGCUGCCUCCAAAGCAUCAGUGGGGUCUCUGUCCCACAGACCCUCUAAAAGAGACUGGAUGAGCAAAGCAAGGGGGUGCUGGGUCUGCCCCUGACAGGGCCAGCCCAGGAAGGCUCAGGGCCGAGCUCUGAUCAAAUCAACCCGAACGAGCCAAUGUGAACCAGCAGCCCCAGGGAAGCCGCUCCAUUUUGGGGUGCUCUGUGCGGGGGCAUGGGUGUCCCUGCCCAUACAGAGGCUUCUGCAGGCUGUACUAUAUGUAUAUAGCAAGAGCACUAAUAUAUGACAGAUACCGCCUGUACAGUGUCCUGUAAAUAUCUGUACAUUCCUGCAUUGCUGUGACUUGUAAAAUUAAUUCCGAGUAAUUAUUUAAAAGUGCCAUUCUCCAAAGGCUGCCUGUGGACUCUGAACUGCUGCCAGGACCAGGGCAAGCAGACAUCUCACAGGCACAGGGAAGGGGAUGCACACGGGGGGAUGAAGAUCCAGCCACAGCGCAGUCUCCAAGGGCAAGGGGACGAGGUUGGUGUGCCCCAUUCCUUGAAAGCUGAAUGAUCUCAGGAUUCAUCAGUCUGCAACUGCGGGUGCAGGGAGGUUGAGCAAGAGAUGGGGGUGCUCGGGGGAAUGUGGUGACGGGGUCUGGGGUGGAAUGGGGGUGUGUAUAGAGGUGCCUGGAGCUGAUGCUGCUGGGGCAGGUGGAUGGUGGCUAUCAUGGUUUAACCCCAGAUGGCAACUACACACCACACAGCCACUGGCCUCCCCAUCCUGGUGGGAUGGGGAGGAGAAUCAGAAGAAAAGGUAAAACCUGUGGGUUGAGAUAAGGAAAGUUAAAUAAUGGAAAUAAAAGAAUACAAAAUAUUGUAAUAUUUAAUAAUAUUUGUAAUGAAAAGGGAGACACCAGAAGGAAGGAGUCAUAAACACUGGGACAGAGAGGUGAUGCCCAAUACCCAGUUGCUCAGCACCCACUGAUCUGUGCCCAGCGUGUCUCCUAGCAGCAAUCAGCUGCUGGUAGACGAGUGUGUGAUAAAGAUUAUUCUCACCCUGAAUCUAAAAUACAGCAUUGUACCAGCCACUGGGAAGAAAAUUAACUCUAUUGCAGCUGAAACCAGGACAGGGGGGUGGGAGAGCUCUGGGGGAAGAUGGUCAGAGGAAACUGCUGUGCCCAGAGAGAAUGUUCCUCAUGGAAGACAAAUGGGGUGGAAACCAGAGCUGCCCAAUGCAGUGGGAUCAGAUCAGUGCUGGGGAGGUGUACAGAGGGCGGGUGUCAGUGUGGGUUACCAAGGAGAGGGUGCUGGCACAGCCCCCUUGUCCCCUGCAGUCCAGCUCUCAGUGGGAAUGUGGCUGUCCCUGCCAGAGCACUCAGCUCCUCCAAAUCCCUUUCCAAGCUUCCAAUAACAGCAGCUUAGCUACAGUCCCAGGCUGAUACCAGGAGUCCCCUGGCACCUCUGCAUCUCCAAGCCCAGCUCACUAGCAAGCGAA